AAUGUCUUCUCAAUUAGCUUUGAUCGAAAAGACUAAUGAUAGAAAUAUAAGAAGGUUAGUUACUGUUGGUAACUAUCCUAUUGUAAAACGUUCGGAAUAUUUUGGAAUUUCUAUUAAUGAUAUUGAAAGUUAUAGAUGCAAGGAAAGUGGUUUUCUCUGUCCAAACGAUCAUAUUUGUAUCAAUGUUGCCUACGUUUGCGAUGGAAAGAUAGAUUGUCCAUCGGGAGGAGAUGAGAAUAAUUGUACAAUAUUAACAUUCGAAAGGUUUCAAUGUCUUAAUUCUAUUGAAAAGAUUAGCUACACCCUGGUCUGUAAUUUUAUUGAAGACUGUCCAGAUAAAUCGGACGAAUUAUAUUGCGAGCAUCAAACCUGCAUUGAAAGUUCCAGAUUUCAAUGUAAUAAUCAUCAAUGUAUCAAGUUUGAAGAUAUUUGUAAUAAUGAGAGAAACUGCUUUGAUGAAAGUGAUGAACUAUGCAAUUCUAAUAUCAGUAUUUACGAAGGAUAUCAAUCGGGAUGCAAUGAGAAUAGACAAUUUAGUUGCGAUGGUCAUUGUUUACCAUUAGCUUUCUUGUGCGAUGGAAAGUAUAGUUGUAAGGAUAAAUCGGAUAGAGAAGUCAACGCAUUUGAAUACAAGAGAAAUUUAAAAUUAUGGCACAGUUACCCUUCUAAGAAGAAGGAUCUUAUGAUGUAUGAUACUAUAGAAAAUCUGAAAACUCCUAUUCCUUAUAUAAAGAGAAAGGUUGGAGAUAAAAAGAUAAAUUGCGGUAUUGGAAAGUAUCUAUGCCAAUCCGAAGAGUAUUGUAUCUCUAUUCAAUUUGUUUGCGACGGUGUUAAUCAUUGUUUACAUCAGGAUGAUGAACAGAAUUGCGGUUUAUCAUAA